AAGUAGCCUCCAGGUCAGUCUCCAAUCUCGGAAGGUUUCUUCGAACGCUGCGACGUUGCAACUCUACCGGUACUGCUGAUGAACUUCUGAUAUGAUGAACAAGAUCUUGCCUUUGAUGACGGAUGGACGAGCCAUGAUGCUGUUUGGAUGUUUGAAGUAGUGUAGCAGCGCUGCACUGGGAAGCGUAUUGAUCCAAAGAUGCCGCCAAUCAAGUCAGCAUCAUCGCCAUCCAGACGACACGUGAUUGUCAAGCUGUUGCUGUUGAGCGUUUCCUGUUUGUGGCUCGUGAUGCAAUUCCAGUUGGUAUGGACGACCACCACGAGUGAGAUGCAUCCUUCCAACAACCACAUCCAUCCAAAAGAGGAACCGAACAAAAAAAAUCCAUCGAAAGAAGAUGCAGCGUCAACCAAUUCGACUUCCGUGGGUUGUAUCUUGGUGAUGGACGACAAUCAUCGUUUGGUGGAAUGGUUGGCGUAUCAUCAUUUUACCAUGAAUCUACGCUAUUUGAUUGUGGCCAUAGAUCCACGUAGUACAACCUCUCCCGAACCGAUUAUGGAACGAUGGAAGCCCUACGGGUUGCAGUAUCAAAUUUGGGGUGAUGACGAUUACAUGGGAGCUCGGGUCCGCGACAAACGGAAUCGACUUUUUGAGUUGGGACGAAAGCAAUUGACCAUGGUGCAUCGAGUCCGACAAAAAGCAUUUUAUCAGUACUGUCUAGAGCACUUGGACUCUCUUGGUCUCAAGAAAUGGACCUUACUUUUGGAUGUGGAUGAAUACUUGGUCAUUCGAAAAGACACGUUCACUAUGGAAAAUCCACAACACGACUUUUCAACCGCAAUGGCAACUCAGGGUGGUGUCUAUCAGUUUGUGCAAGACAUGACCAAGAAAUCCCAGCAAGUUGGCAAUACAAACGAUCAGACACAAUAUGAACAAUUUGCUAGUCCCUGCAUCUCCAUUCCACGGAUUCUCUUUGGCACGACAACUAGCGCUGACUUUGCUGAGCAAAGCGGCAGCAGCAGCCCAGUUCCAUCCGUACUACCACAACAGCUUCAGAACCGGCUAGACACAAUCAGAUGGUUCUAUCAUGCUCAUUACAGUGAAUUCGAUCGCAAUGGAUUGGCCAAGACUAUACUUGAUUUGAGCAGGGUACAAAUCCCCAAACCACACUUUCCAAACCCCGUCAAUCCACACCGUCCUUUUCAAGAUCUCUGUAGGGAUCCCAAACGAAUUCUCGAUAUCAAUGAACAUGCGCUCUUGCGUGUCCAUCACUAUCUGAGCACUUGGGAGACCUACUCAUUUAGAAACGACAGUCGCAAGGGAGGAGAACGAUCACGAGAAGCGUGGGAGUUUCGGGCAUUACAUGCCAGGGAUGGACCUACAAUGGAUAUCGUAGCGUGGUUGCAGGGAUUUGUGCAUCAGUAUGGGUUGGAAACGGCCACACAGUUGUUGGAGGGAGCCGGAGUACCUUCCAGUUACACUCAUGCACCGCAAGUCAAUCAGCAAUGGAACUUUUUGUUUACCCAAGACUUCCUGGACAAGAGUAACUCUCAAUAUGAAUCCAAGUUUGGGCGGUUCUUGCGAAAUCGAACACUGACGUGAGCUGGUUUGGUGGCUGGUGAAGAGCCCAUGAAGAACUACAUGUACGGGGAGGAUUUUUCUUUGCAGACUUCAAUUCCCAAUCAACUCACAACUCUGUGCCAGACGAACGCCGCCGAAUAAGGCGAUGGUGUGGGACUGCUCUACAUGAUGUGGGUGCUCAGCAUGCUUGUGACUGGACUCACCAUAUGCAUACUGCUCCAUCAUUGGGUGUAUCACAGUCCGUCUCUUUGCCGUUGCCAAUAGUCAUUGUCAACCUUCUGGAGUGGUUAGCAAGAGUGAUUUUAUGCACAAAUAAUGGACAACUCCAUGCCUCCCCCACUUCAAGAAACUUCUUCCCAAGGGUCUUAUGCUUCCAAUCAUCAGUGGAAACAUUAUCAUGUGCUGAAUUACUAGGCUGAUGGCAAUCCUCAGUUUGGGGAGGGCACAUCUAUCACCCCACUCCAGCGGCUGUCGAGUCUGUGGUGCAAUGAUAAAUACGCUAACAAGAGGAUACUUGAAAUCAAUAAUUCUAUUAGACGAGGCCUUGCUAGCCUGUACCAAAACUCAG